GCAUUCUUUAUUUUUUUUUAUUUUUUUUUUUGAAGAAAUGAAGAACGUUUUCUGAAGACGUUUUCGGCUUUCCUCUGUACCAAUCAUCGUGCAGGAAUCAGGGACCAUUUACCUUUCAGAGUAAAAGUCUCUGAAUUAACUUCUGCCUCGCUGUUCCAAGGGACUGAGACAGCCACUUCCGGUGGGGUUUUUUUGUGCGUCCUCGCUUCUCUGUUCCGAUCGCAUCUUAUAACCACCAGCACCUGUUUGCUUGUUUUCAGCGGUUCCAGUUCUGCCCGUGAACAACUUCAGCUCGAGGCUCACCAGUAGCGCGCGCGCGCCUGCUGACAUGGGCUGCAGAUUCACCUGCACCAGGGAGAGCCUGAGUGCUAUCAACAUCCUCUACGUGAUGGUGAGUGUGUUGAUGAUUGGCACUGCUGCAUGGGGAAAGUGGUUGGGUCUGCUGUCCAGCUUCCAGGUGGUUGGAGGAGUGAUCGGCGUGGGUGUCUUCCUCUUUUUGGUGGCACUGGUGGGACUUGUCGGGGCUGUGAAGCACCACCAGGUCCUCCUCUUCUUUUACAUGAUCAUCCUGUUCCUGGUCUUCAUUGUGCAGUUCUCCGUGUCCAGCGCCUGCCUGGCAAUCACCAAGGAGCAGCAGGAUCGCCUGUUGGAGAUGGGCUGGAACAAUUCUGACAGCACUCAACAGGAUGUGGAGAAGACCCUCAACUGCUGUGGCUACAGACAUGUGGACCCCAACAGCACCUGCAGCGCUGCCUGUUUCCAGAACCAGUCCUGUCAGUCCUGUGCAGAGAACAUCCAGGACCACGUAGGAGGGGUCCUCCACUUUGUUGGAGGGAUCGGGCUCUUCUUCAGCUUUACUCAGAUUGUGGCAGUUUGGCUCACCUAUCAGUACAGGAACCAGAGGGACCCUCGGCCCAACCCAAAUGCUUUCCUGUGAGACGCCCAGUCUUCACAUCUGGAUCCUUCCAGAACUCUCCUGUCUGCUUUUGUUGCAUCGCUGCAGCAAUGAUUUGGGGCGUCUGGCGUUUUAAAAGUGAAGACCACCUGCUGGCUGCACUUGUUGCAGCGGAAUCUCUGUGCACAGAAGUCUGCAGAACAUGUCUGACCCCCAGCUUUCCACUUGUAUCUGUGAUUUAUGCGUCUGGAUGUGCUUUUUGUAGCUAAACGGAAGACGUGACGGCAUGAGGCCUUCGGUAGUUCAUUUUCUGAACCCGUUAAAUUCCUUUCCGGGUUACAGGGCUGCUGGAGCCUAUACCCUUGCUACUGUUGGGCAAAGGCGGGCUAUAACCUGGACAGGUCACCAUGCAAAAACUGGAUGGCAUAAUAGUGGUGGCUCACACAGUGCUUUUUUUCGCCUUUGUGUGUGGGAGGGGGGGGCAUAUUUAAAUAGAAGCAAAGUUCUUGGUAAUUGCAUCCAUUGUCAUACCUAUCGGACAUUUAAGGAAAAGCAGCUUUCAGAAAAUAUUACCAUGGGACAAGUGCAGCUUUCUGCCCUCCUGGGGGCAUUUCUCCUACAGUCAUAUGACAGCUAGAGGUCUAUGCGUGUGUCAGCACCAAACGUUUUCCAUCUGCACACGUUUGCUGUUGUUACAAACACAAUAACAAAUAAAAGAAGACGAAUUCUUUUGGUUUUCUUUCACUCUUGAAAAUUUUAAGUCUUUGAAUAAAUAAAAGAGAGACUUUUGUGUCGGAAGGAGUUUAAGAUAUGAAAGCAGAAACUAGAAAAGCUUUUAAAUUUUAAACCUCUCAAAAAAAAUUGUUAGAUUGUGUUUUCUUUGUUGAAACUUUUUUUGUUGCCAUUAUUUGUAAUUGCAUAUGGGGUUAUUACGCCAGCUUAGCGUGGCACAUUUCCUUGGAUUGCAGCUGUCAUUAAUGAAAAGUCCACAAGAAACUCCUGGUCUGUUGACCUCCCUGGAUUUUGCUUAUAGCAAGGUGAACUAAUCAGCGGGGAAAGACGACCCUGCUGAGCUUGACUCUUUCCUGCAAAUUCCUUUACCUUUAUAGAAGCUCAUCUCUGCCUCUUCGAACAGACCUGGAAGGUGGAUCAGCACUCUAUUCCCGACUGAUAGUUUUUUUGGAACAACUCCUUGUCUGUUCCAAGGUGGUCUAUUGGAAUGACCUGUUCAAAAAUUUUCUGCCUUGUUUUUGUUUUUUCUUUUUUAAUUUCAUUGCUUGUUAUUCGAAGAGUUCAUUGCAACAGCCUCCGUUUUACAUUGGUCGCAAAAAUCCCCUUCUUGGUGACAUCCAGGAAGGUCAACAGAUUUCGCCUUACCCUGGACGCGGGUACAUUCAAAGCUAUCUUUGAAGCCCGCUUGAAGGUCUGCUUCCUUCAUCUUCUCCAUCAGAUCAGAGUGGUGACACUACCAUGGUUUGGAAACUCAGCAGCUUAAUAUGAAACCCUUCAAAAGAAAGUAUGCCGUAUCUCCACUAGUGAGGCCUCAGUGAUUGGUGCAGAAAAACCACAGAACUGAUGUAGAGGACUUUGAUUGUGUCUUUGUUUCAGACUUAGCAGUUUAGACUGUGGGUUUUUUCAACAGCUCAGUCUCCUUGUGGGUUUUCCUGGGCUGGAACACCCUAAUCCGGCACACACCAGUCGAUGGAGGUCAACCUUACCAAAGAUCUCGUCUGCUCUUCCUGUUGUAGUGCAACGUAUUUCUCCAUUUUGUUCCUCUGCUCCAUCCAGUUGGAAGUUUCAUUAAGCUGCUCAGAGGUGACUGGACACACUGUCGACAUGUCAUCCUUUACUUUUGAGUUUGUCAGGUCAACAUUGGGAGUUUAUUCUUGGAAGUUUAAUCUUCAACAAUGUGACCGGAUGUCUUUGAAGGAGUCCUGUUUAAAAUGGGUUCAGUCUAUUUAUUCUAUCCUUGUGUGCUGUCUUGAAAUACCUCAUUAAAGCUUCCUGUGAAAUCCUU